AGUUGGUGGAAGUCAAUUUCGCAGCAACAGCACGCAAAGGCGCAUGCGCCAACACCUGGCUGCGCGUGACGCCCACGAGAGGAAAGCUCCUUUGUAGGGCGCGCGAGGAAAGGAGAUUAGAAAAGUCCAGUGCGACGGUGGCUUGGAUGUUAAAACGCUAUUUGUCUCCGUCCAGUCAGGGGGGAUACUGUUCACCAUCUCUCCAGGUGAGCGCCACUUUUUUUUUUUUUUUAGAAAGAGAAGGGCGUAAAGUAAAGUAAUGGACCGGGAAGAAGAAUUAAGAAUAAGAUAGCGCCGUUCGUGUGGAGCGCGAGACGGGAAGAAGAGAAGAAUUUGCCGGGACGGACAGAGGGACAGGAUGGGGUUAGAUCUCAGCACACUUCGGACCCUCAUCAGCAGAUAUUGUGUGGGUGAGGAGAACUGGGUGGACAGCAGGACAAUCUACAUUGGACACAAGGAGCCUCCUCCAGGGGCCGAAGCCUUCAUUCAACAAAGAUUCCCGGACAACCGCAUAGUGUCCUCAAAGUACACAUUUUGGAACUUCAUCCCCAAGAACAUGUUUGAGCAGUUCAGGAGAGUUGCCAACUUCUAUUUCCUCAUCAUAUUUUUGGUUCAGUUGAUCAUUGACACACCCACCAGUCCAAUCACGAGCGGACUCCCGCUUUUUUUUGUCAUCACCGUGACGGCGAUCAAACAGGGUUACGAGGACUGGCUGAGACACAAAGCCGACAACUCCGUCAACCAGUGUUCCGUCCACGUGGUGCAAAACGGCAAAGUGAUCCGCAAGCAGAGUCGCAAACUACGGGUGGGAGACGUCGUCUUUGUGAAAGAAGACGAAUCCUUUCCCUGCGAUCUCAUCCUCUUGUCUUCGUCCCGGGAUGACGGAACCUGCUUUGUCACCACGGCGAGUCUUGACGGCGAGAGCAGUCACAAGACAUACUAUGCAGUGCAGGACACCAAAGCUUACAAUGCUGAGAAGGAGGUGGACUCAAUCCACGCUACCAUCGAAUGUGAACAACCACAGCCAGAUCUGUACAAGUUUGUCGGUCGCAUCAACAUUUAUAUGCACAAUGAGCCAGUGGCGAGGCCAUUAGGAUCCGAGAACCUGCUUCUCAGAGGAGCCACGCUGAAGAACACGGAGUACAUUUAUGCAGUUGUCAUCUACACCGGGAUGGAAACAAAGAUGGCUCUCAACUACCAGUCCAAGUCUCAGAAACGCUCUGCAGUAGAAAAGUCAAUGAACGCCUAUUUGGUGGUCUACUUAUGCAUUCUCAUCAUCAAGGCCAUUAUCAACACGGUGCUCAAAUACGCGUGGCAGGCCGACCCAACCAGAGACGAGCCCUGGUACGAUCAAAGAACUGAGGUGGAGAGGCAGAGAAAUAUUGUGAUAAGAGCCUUCACAGACUUCCUGGCUUUCAUGGUCCUAUUCAACUACAUCAUCCCUGUUUCCAUGUACGUCACUGUGGAGAUGCAGAAGUUCCUGGGCUCCUAUUUCAUUAUGUGGGAUGAUGAGAUGUUUGACCAGGAGCUCGGGGAGAGAGCAGUGGUCAACACAUCAGACCUGAAUGAAGAGCUGGGACAGGUGGAGUACGUGUUUACGGAUAAGACGGGAACGCUGACGGAAAACAACAUGGAGUUCAUCGAGUGCUGCGUGGAUGGACACGUUUACGUCGCCCAAGCUAUUUGCAAUGGACAGGUGAUGCCCGGUGCAGAUAGCAUGGACAUGAUUGACACAUCACCAGGUCCCGAGGCCAGGGAGCGCGAGGAGUUGUUUUUCCGUGCGCUGUGCUUAUGCCACACCGUGCAAGUGAAAGAGGAGGAGACGGUAGACGGCAUCAAGCAGGGCAUCCAUCACGGCAAGUCCACUUCCUUCUACAUCUCAUCAUCCCCGGAUGAGGUGGCGCUUGUGGAGGGCAUGAAGAGGCUCGGCUUCACGUAUCUGAGACUCAAAGACAGUCACAUGGAGAUCUUGAACAGAGAGGAGGAGAUUGAGAGGUUUGAACUCCUGGAAGUUCUGACCUUUGACUCGGUCAGACGGAGGAUGAGCGUCAUUGUCAAGGCCAGCACCGGUGAGCUGUACCUGUUCUGCAAAGGAGCAGACUCGUCCAUCUUCCCGAGGGUCGUAUCAGGCAAGGUGGAUCAAGUCAGAGCUCGGGUGGAGCACAAUGCGGUGGAGGGUCUUAGGACACUCUGUGUGGCAUAUCGGCCUCUCAGUCCAGCGCAGUACCAGGAGGUGUGCCAACUGCUGAGUCGAGCCAAGUUGGCACUACAGGACAGGGAGAAACGGCUGGCGGAGGCCUACGACAUUAUUGAGAAAGACCUCAUCCUGCUAGGAGCCACCGCUGUGGAAGACAGACUGCAAGAAAAAGCGGCGGACACCAUCGAGUCUCUGCACAAGGCCGGUAUGAAGGUGUGGGUGCUGACGGGUGACAAGAUGGAGACGGCGGCCGCCACUUGCUACGCCAGCAAGCUUUUCCACCGCAACACGCAGAUCCUGGAGCUGACCACCAAGCGCACAGAGGAGCAAAGUCUUCACGAUGUCCUCUUCGAUCUGAGUAGAACUGUCCUCAGGCACCACGGUGGCAUGAGCAGGGACGUUUCUGGUUUAUCGGGUGACUACACGGACUACGGCCUCAUCAUCGACGGAGCCACCCUCUCGACAGUGAUGAAGCCAGGCCAGGAGGACUCCAACUCGGGGAACUACAAAGAAAUCUUCCUGGAAAUUUGCCGCAACUGCAGUGCCGUACUCUGCUGUCGGAUGGCGCCGCUCCAGAAAGCGCAGAUUGUGAAGCUGAUCAAGACCUCCGAGGAGCAUCCAAUCACACUUGCUGUCGGAGAUGGAGCCAAUGAUGUCAGCAUGAUCCUUGAAGCUCAUGUUGGCAUAGGUAUCAUGGGUAAAGAGGGACGUCAGGCAGUGAGGAACAGCGACUAUGCCAUCCCCAAAUUCAAACACCUGAAGAAGAUUCUCCUCGUCCAUGGACACUAUUACUACAUCCGCAUCUCUGAACUUGUACAGUACUUCUUUUACAAGAAUGUCUGCUUCAUCUUUCCGCAGUUCCUGUACCAGUUCUUCUGUGGUUUCUCACAACAGCCACUGUAUGACACCGCCUACUUGACUCUCUACAACAUUAGCUUCACUUCGCUGCCCAUUCUGGUCUACAGUCUCAUCGAGCAGCACAUCAACAUGCAAAUCCUGAAGAAGGACCCAGCUCUGUACAGAGACAUUGCCAAGAACUCGUUACUGCGGUGGCCCAUCUUCAUCUACUGGACUGUCUUAGGUGUAUAUGACGCCAUUGUGAUGUUCUUUGGUGCUUACUUCCUGUUUGACAACACCACCUUUACCAGCAAUGGACAGAUGUUUGGAAACUGGACCUUUGGGACGCUGGUGUUUACAGUGCUGGUCUUCACUGUUACAUUCAAGUUGGCCCUCGAUACACAUUACUGGACCUGGAUCAACCACUUUGUAAUAUGGGGCUCGCUUAUCUUCUUUGUGGUCUUCUCUCUGCUGUGGGGAGGGAUCAUCUGGCCUUUCCUCAACUACCAAAGGAUGUACUAUGUAUUCAUGCAGAUGUUGUCUAGCGGCCCCGCCUGGCUUAGCAUAGUACUGCUAAUUACAGCCAGUCUUCUACCGGAUGUGCUUAAGAAGGUCAUUUGGAGGUCACUAUGGCCCACCACAACUGAACGUAUACAGAAUGCUGAUAAACUAUACAAGGGACAGCUUUCGGAGUUCACCCCCCUGUCGUCUAUCCACGCCGCUCCCAAUGCUGACAGACGCGGUCAAAGUUCUGGCAGCCACAGGAACAUGCCUCACCCUACAAGGUCUGAACCUUUCACCAAGAAAGCCAUGUUGACGCGCUGGCACAGACCACCGGAUUAUUGCACCUUCACGCCCCUCCUGGGCUACACUGAUGUCAACCGCUCCUCAAAGCUGGGCCACACCUUCAAUGGGGCUGGUCCGGAGACCUCGGUGUAAUUUAUCAGUCAGCAGAAUGGAUUUCUCUUCAAAUGGACCAUAAGCUUCAAAGUUAAGCCAAUUUAUCGCUGGAACAUGAAGAGCAGAUAUGCUUAAGCCAAGUGCAAAGGGUGAAAGUGACCUUCAUGACUCAAAUCAGGAGCCAAGCAUGACACAAAGUGUUGCGGGAUGGCUCUGAAGAGGACUACUACAUUCCGACAAGGGCUCAAGAUUAAUAUCACUGCGUAGUAUAGCUCUUUAAUCCUGAAGUGCAAUUGGGAUUGUCGGGAUGUUUUUUGUAUUAUGACCAUUGUCAUCUAUGCAGAGUGAAAUUGUACCUCGAUGGACUGAGCAAACAUCUCCUUUCAAUUUCCUUUCUCACAGGACAAACUGGUCCUGUCUGCGUGCAAACACGUUGUCCCGAAACACUUCAUAGGACACACUGCAACAGUGUAAGAAAGUCUCAAGAGGGCAGAGGCCUACGUGUUCCUAGUCUAGCUAGCGUCUAGCAUAGAGACAUUAGCGUGUGUUUUGCCCCGUGUACAAUAGACGUGAUACUAGCAUGUAUGCUGCCAGCACUUGACCUUAGUUGUGCCCCCUUUUUCCGACGCAAUCUCCCGCUAGCGGUGGUAGUUGCGCGACUCUAUGCUAGCUGCUUACAAAUCGCAGUAUUGCUCAUAUUAACCGUAGGUGACAUUAUGGAGGCUACGGCUGCGCUCUCAAUAUAUUCCUGUGAUGGUGAUAGAGAAACGUCCUUUUCAGACAGCUAGCGGUGAGGAAAAUGAAGCUUCAUGUUGUAUUCUUUGGCUCCUCUAGAUGGCAAUGUUGGGUUAAAGUGAGGCUUUUAAGAAAUGGCAAGUUCAGCUUUUUGGUGAGCAGUGAGUGAGUGCCAUCUAGAGGUCGAAGUAAACACAACAGCGGAUUCAUGAAUCAUCUUGAAGCUUCAUUUGCCCAUUAUUACCGUAAAGCCCGUGUAUAAAAGAUCCCUAUGUAUUGAAUUGCCACGCGCCAGUCUCAACUCUUCUCUUCCUUCCUUCCUUUCUUCCUUUCUUCCUUUCUUCCUUCUUUCCUUCUUUCCUUCUUUCCUUCUUUCCUUCUUUCCUUCCCUCUUUUCCACCUUUCCUCCUUCCUUCCUUCCUUCCUUCCCUCCUUUCCUCCUUCCUUCCUUCCUUCCUCCUUUCCUCCUUUCCUCCUUUCCUCCUUCCUUCCUUCCUUCCUUCCCUCCUUUCCUCCUUUCCUCCUUUCCUCCUUUCCUCCUUUCCUCCUUUCCUCCUUCCUUCCUUCCUUCCUUCCUUCCUUCCUCCCUCCCUCCCUUCCUUCCUUCCUUCCUUCCUUCCUUCCUUCCUUCCUUCCUUCCUUCCUUCACACUCUCCUCCAGUCGUUGUCUCUGGCAAUGACGCUGAAGGGCCAUCUGACCACCAGCUUGACUUUGCCCAGUUGUCAUCUUCACGCUCCAGGAUGCCAAUAGAAAGUAGUGGGAGAAAUGUUGCUCGCCAUUGGGCGUCUCUGAAACAAAGCCUUGUUGUCGCCGCCGCUUGGGACGUGUGUAGCUGCUUCCUGUUAGGUGCCUUGUGUAGCUGAUAUUGCAGCAGGUGAAUGUAAACGCAUUUCACUCCCGACAUCAAUCCAAAAAAAAAAGACGUUUGACCACUUGUUUAUGAUUUUCAUUAUUUGUAGUUUUUUUUUUUUUUUUUAUGUUUUAUACGCUGCACAUGCAGGAAGACCAAUGUUAUUUAAAUGCAGUCGACCAAUGUUACAAACUGUGACUUUCUUUGAGCAUCACUAUUUGGACUUGCUGUUAGCUUCUGACAUAAACAUCUACAUUUGCAUUUUCUCAUGUACCUCGAGUUAGGCUGCGGUGGGACUUCAAAGUGUUUUACUAUCUGACGACAGUAUUGAUUUGACACAAAUAAAGCCAAUUGGGAUGGAGAAACCACUUGACAGAGUGUGCGUGUGGGAGAAGAA